UAAUUUCGCUGCUUCAGAGUCGGGAGCUGCCAGUCACGCAGAAAAUUUCUUGGCUGUAGUGUCAGUAGUGUGUGUUUCAAAAUAUUGCCUUCAACAUUCUCUGUUAACCAUGGGAUAGCAAAAGUUAUUUCUAACUGGACAAUGGAUAACGCCCGACCACAACGAAAAAUCCUCCGUUCUCCCUCUGUUAAACGGAAAAGUAAAGUUUUGCCGAUUAACCAAAGAGUUCAACUACAAAGAGUUUUAGGAGUAACUGUGUCAUCAAACGCUGGUCUUUCAUGUGAUUCAAAUAAUGGAACUAUUGCUUAUCCUGCAGGGUGUGUUGUGGUGCUGUUCAACCCGAGACGCAACAAACAGUCGCACAUCUUCAACACCACCAAGAAGACCAUUACAGCUCUCGCAUUUUCUCGUGAUGGCAAACAUCUUAUUACCGGAGAGACUGGGCACCAGCCAGCAGUCAGGGUCUGGGAUGUGGCGGAAAAGACACAAGUGGCAGAGUUUCGGGGCCACAAGUUUGGCAUCAAUUGUGUGGCCUUCAGUCCAAACAUGAAGGAGAUUGUCUCUGUUGGUACACAGCACGACAUGAUGAUCAAUGUCUGGAACUGGAAGACAGGAAACAAGGUGGCUUCUAACAAAGUAUCUAGCAAGGUCAGUGCUUUAGCAUUCUCUGAGGAUGGAAAAUGUUUUGUCACUGUGGGUAACAGACAUGUUAGAUUUUGGUAUUUGGAGGAGAAAAGAUCAAAGAUCAAUCAAACAGUUCCUCUGAUGGGGCGGUCAGGGAUACUCGGGGACCAAAAGGACAAUUUUUUCUGUGAUGUCGUUGCUGGUCAGGGGCCGAUGUGCGGCAGAUUUUUUGUCAUCACACAGUCUGGUCUGCUGUGUGAGUUCAAUGAAAAAAGACAACUGGACAAGUGGGUGGAGCUCAGGACCAAGUCUGCCACAUGUAUUACCACUGGAGCUGAUCAUAUCUUUGUCGGGUGCGCUGAGGGCGUGGUCAGAGUUUUUAAAUCUACAACACUACUUUAUGUAUGUUCCCUUCCCAAGCCUCACCAUCUUGGUGUAGAGGUGACCACAGCCACAAACCCGAGUCAUAUGGUCAGUAACAGAGAGGAUGCCAAAUAUCCAGAUACCAAAGCUAUAGCUAUAGAUGAUGACCAUAAAAAGGUGACUUGUGUCUACAACGACCGUAGUAUUUACAUUUGGGAUGUUCAUGACAUCAAACGUGUGGGAAAGGCUUGGUCCUUUCUCUAUCACAGUGGCUGUAUAUGGUCACUUGAGGUGUAUCCUCAACUUGAUGAAGGAGUCAAAUCCACACUACCCCCAGGUUCUUUCUUGACAGCCUCUGGUGAUGACACUAUACGAGUGUGGAACUUAAACACACACAUGCCAGAGAACACUGCCUACAAGAGAAAUAUUUAUAGUAAUGAACUGUUAAAAAUUGUUUAUGUUGACCCUACUUUAGCAUCUCUCUGUAAUGUUGAUUAUAACCCAGCUGGUGCUGCUGACAAGACUGACACAACCUAUGAUGGUAAAAAUGGAGUCAGGUCAAUAAGAGUUAGUCCUGACGGUGGUGAGUUGGCAUCUGGUGACAGACAAGGCAAUAUUAGAAUCUAUGAUAUGAAUUAUUUGAAUGAGAAAAGAUGUGUUGAAGCACACGACUCAGAUGUAAUGUGCCUUGAAUACUCUUAUACUGAACAUGGUAAAUUUCUGGCCACUUCAAGUCGUGACCGACUCAUUCAUGUCUUUGAUGUUGACCAGAACUAUGGACUUGUACAGACACUAGGGGAUCACUCCUCAUCCAUCACUGCUGUUCGUUUUACUGAUACAGAUGAUAAGCUGAGGAUGAUAAGCUGCGGUGCUGACAAGUCUAUCUUAGUCAGAACUGCCACAACAGUGCCAGAGUUCCAGUUUCAACUAGAACACCAUCUAGCCACCAAGAUAACUCUCUAUGACAUGGUCAUUGACCCAACACAGAAGUGUUUGGCCACAGCAUGUCAGGACAGGAAUGUACGACUGUAUAAUAUUCAGACAACUAAAGAAAAGAAAUGUUACAAAGGAUCAUCCAGUGAUGAGGGAAUCUUGCUUAGAAUUCACUUGGACCCUUCUGGAACUUAUGCAGCGACGACUUGCACAGACAAGAAUGUUUGCAUACUAGACUUCAACACUGGAGAGCUGAUGGCCACCAUGUAUGGCCACUCGGAGGUCAUCACUGGUGUCAAGUUUGCUAAUGACCUGAAACAUGUCAUAACUGUUUCAGCUGAUGGUUGCAUUUUUGUCUGGCGUCUGCCUUCAGAUAUGACCAAUCACAUAAAAGGAAGGCUACAUGAAUUGGGCAAACAAAUGAAAGACACUGAUUACUUUCGAUCAGAUCAGCCCUUGAUGCCUAACCCAAUCUUGAUGGAGACAACAGCAAAUGAUGGCAAUUUUCCUAUUCUUAAGUCAGCCUCAGUUGGCAACAUCCAUAGAUUCUACCAUGAUGAUACAGUGGAUGGUAAACUUCCUGGCGAUGACGAGGAAAAAGAUGAUGCAAAUUUUGAUGAUGUGGCCAGUACUGCCAGUUUGGACUACAGAUUUAGUAUUGGCCAACUGCCAAAUUGGGCCAAAGCUAAGUUUGGGGACACCCACUCUGAUGGCUCAGAGAGUAGCCAAGAACAGUUGCAGCCCAAAGGAAGGUGGGCCCAGAGGGCUGACCACAACAUAGAGUUCAAAUCCCAGCUGGAUGUGACCACCGAGGAAGAUGGCUUGAAUUCACAGAAUGAUCAAAGAAAAACAGAUUUCGGAUCAACUUUAUUUUCAAAUAUACGCAGGGAGACUGUAGUACUUGGGGGGCAACCAAGAAACAAGGGUACUCCAGUCAUAGAUGAAGACAUUACUGCACCAUUUGGUGACUUGAAAUCUCUGCCAGCAAGUGCUAGGGAACUUCGGGAAAUGGAAGCCAUGCACCGCAACAAGUUGAACCAUUACAAGUCUGACACAGCUCUCAAUCUUUUUGGUUCUGGCCUCAGGAGGUCACUGGAUCAUUUUGACUAUCCCAGGAAAGACAGCCUUGAUCUUGAUGACACAGAUGAGCUGGACACUGGGUCAGACACAACAGAAGUUAUCUACCCUCCUACUGAAACAGACUCUGAUAUUUUUGAAAGCACUUAUCAGGUAUAUGCUGCUGAGGAGAAGAAUGUAGCCAAGUCAAGUCUGGGUAAUGUCUCCAAUCAAGAUGACACUUCUGAAAGCACAGACCCUAUUUCAUUGGAGGAGGAUGAAGAUCACAACGAUGAGACGCUGGCAGUGUCCACUCCUCCAACAACACCCUCUGACCCUGAUAAAGAGUUUCUCUCCACAACCCCAGACAAGGAGGAUUUUGUUCGUGACAAUUUUGAGGAGGAUGCUUUCACUCCUGUACCACUAGAAAAGUUUAUGAAGAGUGUAGACAAAUUGGAGCGUCAAGUAGCGGAUGGAACUUUGGCUCCAUCAUUUGAAUCCACUCCAUUCAGUCCUCGGCUCAGUCUUUCUGCCAGGUUUAUGUCUCGAGCCUUGCCUCUUCACAAAUCAACAGUCUCAGGGCAACUGCCUUACAAGCCAGACAACUGGUUCAAUAGAAACAAAAUGGAAAUGUCCAGGGCUAUGGAUGAAACACGCAAAAGUCUUUUAGCUGCUAAAGAAACUAUUGCAUAUGUGCAUAUGAACCUGCGUAGCAAUAUUUGUGAGUCACCAGAGAAGGAAGAUCCUCCAUCACCUCCAACUAAAUUAGAAGAAAAGGAAAACAAAUUACCCGCUGUGGAGACAGAAACUGUUUCCUAUUCAUCGUCCCCAACGUCUGUUUUCGUCUCUCCUCCUUGGGGCUACUGCUCAAAAAAUCUCCGUCGAGUGUGGGCCAAUUUCAGUUUGACCCAAGACUCUAUUGUCGAGGAGACCUUGACAGUUCACAGCCCACGUUGCUGUAGCCACAGAGUCCGUAGCAGCAGCUCAGAGUCUAACGUGACCACCAAAACCUUUCUGAAGCCAUGCCCUCCCCACCUUGUGUUUCAAAGCCGCAUUCCCACUCCACGGUCGUCUCCGAGGCCGUGUCGUCGAGCCUCACAGACACAGACAGCUACUCCUCCGAACCUUGUGGCAGUGCAGGUGGGUAGGAUGCCCGAAGUCCCCAGUCCUUGCCGCAGCAGACGGAACAUAUGCAAGGUAGAGCUGGAAAGAAAGCCAGAGCCUCCUAGUCCCCAGAGACAAGUCAGCAGGGAGAAGCAGACAACUCUGGUUAGUCGGGAACGUUUACAGCGCUCGCUGUCCAGUCCCAGGGAAAGACAAUAUGGUAGUGAUCUGGAUAGUCGAAUGAAAAACAAUUUUAGGGAUCAAUUCACCAAACCUAAAUCUCCUCAUCUCAUCUCUACCUCAUCAUUAAAGACCACAGUUAGCACUAGCCCAACUAGCACCAAUCAAGGCCUUUCUACUGUAGCCCAGGUGCUAGCUUCCUCUGUUCAAGGUCCAGCUGCUCGUAGAAUCAGUCAGGAGAAAGAAAAAAGGAGGAGUAGGCUAUCCUUGGAGCAGUCAACUGCCGCAGACACGACCGACAUCUCUCUAAAAUCUAGUGUCCGGCCCAGGCCGACGUAUUUUAGACCAACACAAAGCUCAAAAAAUAAAACCAAUAAACCCGGUGAGUCUGAUAUUGCUCCAUUAGUCAGCAGGCCUCUAGAUCUGGGUAACAGAAAACCCAGGCAGAAAAGCAGUUUGGCUAACUCCAAGCUGGCUAUGUAUGCCUCCACACCGAAUUUAAUUCAAGGGGCAGAGGACCAAGAACCAGCCCAGAAACCACGCGGGUCUGAGCACAAGUUUUCAUCCACUUCUAACCUGCUUAUGUUCUCUGACCUGUCACGGAGCGUGCCUGACAUCAAUGAUGCAGACUCUAGCACAGACAGCAGCUCCAGUGGAUCUGUGAGGGACAGGCUUGCCCGUAGGUCUUGCCCCAUGCAGGUUAAACUUAUAUCAAAAUACUCAGUGACAAAAGACCAGCAGUUAAUGCCUCCACCAAGUAGCAUUCCAAACACAUCCUCAUCCAAAAUAACAAAUUCAACUCUGCAGCAGAUAAAAAAAUAUGACAUUGAUGUUCAGCCCCGCCGAAAGAUAUCUGCCUCUGAAAUGACAUUAGACCAAGCAAAGAGUAUUCUGUCUGGAAAAUCUGGCAUAUUGACCAAGACGCCUAAUGUGCUCAACACAACUGUGUCUUCCAGAGCAAUGCAGUUUGGAAGGGAUGCUCGUUCAUCCAACUUGUCGACAGUGGCAUCAGACACUCCCACUUUUGACACCGAGCUAGCACAUGCUGACCCAACUCAGUUGGCAGUCGCAGAAGAGAUAGAAUACACUGCCAACAUGUUGAGACAUCAAAAACAAGCCAACAUUAGCGGUCAUUUCUCACCAGAACGCAUCAACUCAAACCCACCAUCCAACUUGGAAGCCAGUCCCCUGGAUCUUCCUGAACGAGACCAACCAUCGCCUAGUCAGCGCCGCAUUUCACCGAAGCCAUCACAGUCUUCACAGACAUUCCACACGUCUCGUCAAAACAUCUUUGUAACGAAAUCUGAGAGUUCCUCCAAAGAAUUGGGAAAAGUUGUUGACAAUCUUGCCGAGGAAGACGGCAGUGCUGGAUCUAUCAAAGAUCGCAUUGCCAAGUUUCAAUCAACGUCAUCAUCCACGACCAAGGCGAGACGUGCUCUCCCUUUAUCUCCAAGCACAUCCUUUAGUGACCACAGAGAACAUUCUGACAUAGGGCCAGGCUCUGAAUCUUCUGACCCAGAAAUAACAUAUUCAGUUGAUACAGCCACAUACAGUCUAGGACAGAAAGCUUUACCUGGCAGCAGUACAGACAAUCUUGAAACUAAAUCAGGGAAAAGAUUAACUCUUUCAUUGCCACCAUCAUCAUCUCAACCUGCAGUGACAUUGACCCAGUGCCAAUCUGUGUUGAAUGACUUCAGAGAUCAAGUCAACAAAAUAAAAGACAUUUUCCUACGAGUUGAAGAAAGAACAGAUGAAGAUGCUAACCAGAUGCUGGUUUUGUUAGGGGAAUUAUUUCAAGAAACUCUUCAAGUUUUCACAGAGUUAGCUUCAAAAGCUGCCAGUUCCAAUCCACCUCAACCAACACAACAUCCAACAUUCCAUGUGGGAGCAUCAGCAAAGACAUCUGGGGCUGGGACUGAUCAGCUGGCCAGCAGUUCAGUUGCAGGUUCGUCCAGCCAGGAUGAGCCGUCAGGCCAGGACAAUCAGAUGACCCUGCUGACUGCGACCAAGGACAUGCUCCAGCCGCUCAUGUCUCAACUGUCUCAAGAACUUAGUCUCAGCAUCCUGAAAAUGAUCAAAGCUAAGGUGGAUGAGAGCUGAGUUGUGCGAGGGAUGCUUUCUGUAUAACGAGUGUGUUCAAAUCCUACGGUAUAGACACUGACUCUUUAUUGUAUUCUUAAAACUGAUUAAUGCUAAUAGCAAGUUGUUUGCUGCCAACGUUUGUUUGACAAAAUCUCCCACCUGUUCAGAUGCAUUUUUUUCUUCAUUAAAAAAUAAAGCUUGGUUUAAACUUAGGGGCAGAUGAUGCCAUGUUCUUAAGACAGUAGACUUAUGAGGGUGUCCUGUGGUCAACAUAAGCCUGACCUACUUUUACUUCGCCCAGGCAAGGUUGAAAACUCAUUGAAAACUGGGUGGACUGAGGGAUGUUCAGAAAAAAAUCCUAAACUCCACCUAGAUUUGAGCUCAAAACCUCAUUUCAUCAGCCAAGUGCUUAACAGCUUAUCCACCAUGCCUCACAUUUUUCAAUGUCUCCUAUAAAUGUUACUUUAGUACAAUUUUUUUUUUAUUUUUAGAAUAUUUUUUGUUCUUUAUUAAAAGUUAUUUUUUUUUAAUCAAAUAAUUUAUUGUAAAACUUAAAUGAACUGACCAUGUAGAAAAAUCAAAUUUUUUUAUGGUGAACAUUUGAUGUAUUAACAAAGCAGUAAGUAGGCCCAAUGUCAAGGUCUGUGGGCAAGUUGCAUGCAGUGUUUUGUAUACAAAAUAGAUCUGUCAGUCCAGUCUUUGUGAUGUUUCCUCCUGUCACACUUACUGCUUUCUGUUGAUUGUUAACAUAUCACCUGCACAAAUGGUGUUAGUUUUUAGAAUGUUCUGUAUAAUAGAACUCUUCAAAUAUGAAGAUAUCUUUGUUGAAUCUUCUGCAAUACUGCCAUGCUGGCAGCCAUAUUUGUUCUGUUGAACCUCAAAGUCUUAUCUGCUGAAUGGAUAGUUCUCUUCAAUGUGCAAUAUGUGAGAAGUGACCUACACCCUUCCCAUCAACCACUAAAUUUAUGUUGUCAAGUUUUAGCUAGGAUGCCUUUUUUUGUCUACUCAUUAUCAAAGUUUAAUUGUGCUUUUUUUUUUUAAUUAAUAAGAAUCUUAUGUCUUGCAAAAUUUGUGGGACUUAACUCAAGGAAGAAAGAUGCCCAAGUGUCAGGGAUAAAAAACACAGUGUUAACAUUUUCUAUAGCAUUGAAUUAACAUUAAUAUGACUUGUUGCAUGAAAGUUAAGUCUAGUUAAAAGGUUGUGAGAGCUUGUCUAUAAAAUUGCCAAGGUUGUGGCUCUAUUUUUGUUUUCUUAAUUAUGUUUUGUGAUUAUUUCACACAUUGAGGCCAGUUGUCUUUCUUUUGUGAAGGGUUGUCUUCCUAAUUGCCUCGUUGUGAUCCUACUAAUACUAAUCUUGCCGCACAAAAUUCGCUUAAGACUAAAUAUAUAUAUAUAUAUAUAUAUAGUUAAACUUCAAACGAACCAAUGGUCAUAGGGCAUUUCAUUUUUUUCUUUUUUCACAUUUCUGCGGUAUAAACAUAUGCUCUUUUCAUUGCAAACCUAAUAUUUUGAAAUUCUAUUCAGUGUUUAGAUUCAGUAUGAAUUUGUGUUAACAAAAAAUAAAAUUAUCUAAAAAUUCUCCAUUGUAAUCAUGCAAUGUAUAUCUACUUAAAAAUAAAAAUACUCUGUGAUAAUCUUCAAACUAAAAUUUGUUUUCUCUUGCGCUUUGAGUUUGAAAUGUUUUAAAAGCUAUAUCCAUGACUUGAACUGUUAUAGUUCAGUGUAGGACGCAGUCCAACACAUUGUGACAGAACAGUCCAACACAUUGUGACAUUUCACUAUUGCAUUGUGCCUUGUCUCACUAUUUUCUGUUGUGUGUUGGUUAAUAGGUGAAACGAACCCAAACUUUGAUUUGUAUGCAAUUUUUUUUGCCUUUCUACUGAUGUGUCAGGAAAACUAAAUUGUUUCCGUUAUAAAUAUUUUGAUUGUGUACAUUGCCGGUCCAUCCCUCUUACCAUUUAGUUCACUCAAAAACUGGAUUCAUUCUUGUAUGCAAAUUUUCAUUAUGCUUCAGUAGAUAAUAUAUUUAUUUAUUUAUCCAAUGUACUGAAAGAGAUGGCAAGCCAGUGCAAGAAGAUUGUAUUCAAGGUAAAAGUUGAAAUGUCAAAACAUUCCUUUAUGUGUAAAAUGUACAGAGUUGAGUGAAGCUUUUGCUAACACAUUGUGACCUUUGACCACCAUGUAUGUAUAUAAUAGGAGGGGAGGGGAAAAGUUUCAUUUCUUGAGCUUUUAAAACUAGAACAUUGUCAAUAUUGUUUCAGUCUAAUCAUUGGGAUUUGAUUAUGUCUCACUAUUACCAUCAAUGCCAUAAGUAUCAUUAUGUACAUGUUAGAAUUCAACAAAACACGUACUGUUGAUUUUUUUUUUAAGAUCUAAUAUAAACUUAACAAUGAAUAAACAAAUGGUUUCUAAGUUUU